ACGUCAGCAAAAAUGAACACGACGUCCGAAUACGACGAUUUGUGCGCCUCUGCGAACUGGACGGACGACGCCGAGUGUGCGGCGCUGGAGGAGGGCUCGCUGUACCAAGUGCCAACAGCGAUGGUCGUGCUGCUGUCCAUCUGCUACGGAGCCAUCUCGGUGGUGGCCGUGGUGGGCAACUCGCUCGUCAUCUGGGUGAUCGUUUGCAGCAGGCGGAUGCAGCGCAGCGCUACCAAUUGCUUCAUCGCGAAUUUAGCCAUGGCAGACAUCGCCAUCGGCCUCUUCUCCGUGCCUUUCCAGUUCCAAGCAGCCCUCCUGCAGAGGUGGAACCUGCCCCACUUCAUGUGCGCCUUUUGUCCCUUUGUUCAGGUGCUGAGCGUUAACGUGUCGGUUUUCACGUUGACUGCGAUCGCCGUGGACCGGCACCGGGCCAUCAUAAAGCCGCUGCGCGGCGCCAGACCGUCCAGCCUGCGCGCCCGCCUCACCGUCGCCUCCAUCUGGGUGCUGGGCGGCGGGCUGGCCCUGCCGAUGACCAUCGCCAUGCGGGUCACCGAGCUGCACCAGGGCGGCGUGACCAAGCCCUUCUGCUACAACAUGAACCUCACCCCCGAGCAGAUGAUGCUGUACCGCAGGGUGCUGGUCGCGCUGCAGUACUUUGUGCCCCUCUGCGUCAUCAGCGUCGUCUACGCCAGAAUGGGACUCCGCCUCUGGGGCUCCAGGGCCCCGGGAAACGCAGAGAAUAUGCGAGACGCCAACCUACUCCGCAACAAGAAGAGGGUCAUCAAAAUGCUGGUUAUCGUCGUGGCCAUAUUCGCCAUUUGCUGGCUGCCGUUGCAGAGCUACAACGUGCUCCAGGACAUCUACCCCCAGAUAAACGGGUACAAGUACAUCAACAUCAUUUGGUUCUGCUGCGAUUGGCUGGCAAUGAGCAACAGUUGCUACAACCCGUUUAUCUACGGCAUUUACAAUGAAAAGUUCAAACGUGAGUUCCGGCAGCGGCUGCGGAUCCUGUGUCCGCGUCGGCAGUGGGAGCCGUCGGCCGCGGAGAACAGCUCGAUGGCGGGCAACGACGUGGAGCUGAGCGACUACGACAAGUCGCGCAAGGGCCGCAUCCUGACGCCGUUCAACGGCGGCACGAGCUACGUGUACCGCAGCGCCAGCGUCCGCUGCAAGGACAACGUGCACUACGGCGUGUCGGGCGCGGCGGCGUUCAAUCACGCCUCCACGUCCUCACCGCACACGUCCAACCACUUGAGAAUCUGCCAACACCAGCAACCGCACCAUCAACUGCACGAGCUUGACUUUUAAGUAAGAUCCUGGUGUGAAAUCAUCACCAUCACUCUUUGGCAGCUUAUCAAAAUAAUAAAUAAAUAAGCACAACAACUCGUCAAAAGGUUUGCAUUCGUCGACCGUAUGUGUCAUGUGAUUUUAAAAAUAUUUCAAGAAAUUUCCCGAUUCAGAGGUCAAAGUUGGCACAAGGUCUAGAAAAAUCGACAAAAUUUACACCUGAUCAGUAAAUUACUGGAUUAAAAAAUAACUCGAUAAAUUAGGACAUUUUAUUGGACUUUGAAGGUUGGAAUUUUCAAGGGGGUUGAAAUAUAGUAAUUUCGGGGAUGUUAUGAUCAUGUUAAUUUUGUUGACUUUUUUACCUUUAGUCAAACAACUGGUGACAUAUAUAUUUAAAAGGUGUGCGUUGCUCAAAACGAUGAUCUAAUUAAUGUUUCUCUAAUGGAAUUCGUGUUUUGAGCUUUUUGUGAUGUCAUUCCAACAGGUUUUAAUAAUCGUUUCAAUAUCGAGGAUGACACGGUGCUA